AUGUUUGACGUCGUCAUUGUUGGAGCCGGUCUGAGCGGCCUCCAGGCUGCCCUUUCCGCCCAACAAGCCGGGCUUUCAGUCGCAGUCGUCGAAGCUCGAGACCGUGUUGGCGGUAAAACGUGGAGCGUGCCACUGGCCUCUGGACGAGGCGUCGCCGAUCUGGGCGCUGCCUGGAUAAAUGAGAAUACGCAGAGUCGUAUGGCGAAAUAUGUCAAGAAAUUUCAACUACCGACAGUGGCGCAGAGACUCAAAGGUACUGCCGUCAUGCAGCUGGCCGACAGCAGCAGGGUCGAGUUUCCGUUCGGCAUUAUACCCGAGUUUUCGAUUGAGGAGAAGGAGAACCUUGAGAAGAUUCGCGACCACAUCCAAGCAGUCUCUUUGAAACGCGAGGCUCCUAGGAAAGAAGACGACGAGGUAUCUCUUGACCAAUAUGUGCGAAGUCUUGGUGCUCUUCCAAAGACAGUGGCAAUGAUCAACCUCUGGGCCAGAGUGAUGCAUGGAGUUGAGUCUAGCCAAGAGUCAGCAGCUUUCUUCAUUGACUAUUGCCGACGCAAUGGCGGCCUCUUCUCGAUCCGUGCCGAUGAUCAGACGGGCGGCAACUAUCAGCGGUUUCACGGCGGCACCCAACAGAUCGCAAACGGCAUCGCCAACUUGAUCGGCGAAAGCAACAUCCAUCUUUCGGCCCCUGUCGCUGCAGUUGAGAAUCACCAAACUCACGUUGUUGUCAUCACAUCUAGAGACCAGCGUUUCGUAGGAAGAAAGGCUAUCAUUUCUGUGCCAAGCGCUAUGCUUCGUGAUCUCAACAUCUCACCAUUGUUGCCUCAAAGGGUCCGGGACGUCACCGACUCGUCAAAGCUUGGACAUUACAACAAAGCGAUUCUGUGCUAUGACAGACCUUGGUGGAGAGAUCUUGGGUUCAAUGGUUUCUUCAUGAGCUAUAAGGGACCCGUCUGUGUAGCACGCGACACCAGUGUCGACGAGACAGGGAACUUCGCUCUCACCUGCUUCGUCAAUGGCAAAUUUGGAGAAGAUUGGUCCAAGCUGUACCCCCACGAGCGUCGCCGACUUGUUAUAGAGCAGGUAGCAGAGGCUUUCAAGGUUGACGUUGAUUCGGAAGCGUUCCGUCCUAUCGAAGUCUUUGAUCAGAUAUGGAAGCACGAGCAGUUCAGCCAGGGCGCGCUUGCACCCAUCACUGAGAUUGGCCACUUUACAGAGUAUGCUGAUGUGUACGGCAAACCAGUUGGCAAUCUCCAUUUUGUCGGCACAGAGUACUCGACUGAGUGGAAGGGUUACAUGGAAGGGGCGCUAUGUUCGGGAGAGCAAGGAGCUAAGGAGGUUCUUGAGGCCCUUCAACGUGCGCCUCGGGCGAACCUUUGA